AGGCUGACAGUUGUAUAGGUUAGACUGGCUGAAUAUGAUAUUGCAGGCUUUUAUCUUGAAACGAAAAUGUUGGGUGGUUAGAGCAGAUAAUUUGGUAAUCAUAGGAUGCAAUGCAGUCUACAGUUGUUUGGGUACAUGAAUGGUAUUUCUAUCGCAACAGUGUGGUGAAUUUUGUGUAAAAUUCAAGAGUGGGUGUUUUGAAACAGUUUUAUUAAGUUGUUUCGGCUGUGAAGGCAGUUUUACAACUGGAUAAGAUAAAGCUUACAAUGCUGACCUAAUAUGUGCUCUUUUUUUCAUUAUUUGCUGAAAAAUGAGAUUUUGGAAAAGGAAACAUAGAGAUAAAAAGAAAAAUGGUGACCUAAAGUCCAGUUCCAUGGGUAACAACAACACGUCUGUGGUGGCCACCCCUCCCCCAGAGAGAAAGUCCAAGUUUGCAGCCAUAGGAAAAAUAUUCAAACCAUGGAAGUGGAAGCGAAAAAAGAAGACAAGUGAAAAGAUCGAGAAAACUGUAAAAGAACUCGAGAGGAAUCUCUCUGUGCGUUCAACGCGCGAGGAGCUGAUACAGAAGGGAGUCAUCAAGUUGAGACCAGAAGACGCCAUAGAGGAGGUGAAUGAGAACCAGUCGGCCAAUCAGGAAACUAGUCAAACCAGUCGGCUGCCAGCCACAGAUACAGUCCCAGAAUGCACCGGGGGAGGGGAGGCCAACGGAGGUGUUGCGGGCAAGUCGGCAGACUUCAGUGAUGCAGGCAAGGUGACAGAGAAUGGUUCAGUGAAGAACGCUGUGAAUGUACAGACCAGUGUCAUCACUACAGAGGCUGAGAUUGCCCCUCCUAGACUCGAUACUAUAGAUUUGUCCAGCACUGCACAAACAGAAAAUUUAUCCCUAACGUCUGUGCCUGCCACUACCACCUCUCAGGCUAGACCUGUGAUCAUAUCAUCAGUGCCGUCGAAAAGCAUUCCAGAUAUCACCUUGGUAACGGGGUCCUCGGCCCUGCCCCCAAGCAGUGCUGACACGCCCCCAGUUAACGCUGCGCCUCAGGACACGCCCACAGGACCUGGUACCACCCCCCGGCCCCUGGAGCCCGCCCCUCGCACUGCCCCGGAGAUUACCCCCCGGUUACCAAUGACCUCCUUCAGUAAUAAUGUUACUACAAUAAGGGAAUCUCCAAUGUUUAGGACACGAUUUGAUGAAAGUAGUGAAGAGGAUGAAAGUGAAGAAGAGGAAUACGAAUACGAACCUCAGCCUGGUACCAAAAAUCCGAGGAUUUAUGAAACUGAGGCCAAAGAACCAGACUUGAACAAACAACCAGUGAAAAGUGCUUUAAAAAAGACGCCAAUGGUGAACAGUAUUGCGCAACAAAAUAAAAGUGCUGGUGAUAAUGUUCAGACUAAACCGGUUAGCACGCCCCUAACGUUGCAAGACACUGAGGCUACAAACAGCGCUUUGCCAUCGCCGAAUGCAACUCCUGUGACGCAAGGUGCUCCGCGACCCAAGCCGAGGGUAACUCUUCUAAGGGGUGUUCCAGCCUGUGAUCCUGACAGCCUGCCUGCGCCGCCUGCCUACCCUGCCCAGAUGGUUCCAGAGCAUCCCCCACCCCCGUACAAGCCGCCGGCGUCGGCACAUGACGAGUCUUCAUCGUCGGAUGAUGAGGAAAUCAACUACCGAGACGACGAUGAGCCCACUGGCCUCGCUGCGAAGGUUGCCAGGCAUGACAGUCUCGCCAUUUUCCUUAGCAACCGACCAUCUCGGCAGGAACUGGUGGAGAAAAACAUAAUUCCAGUCAAAUCGGAGGACCAGAUACACCAUGAUAGAGCGGAGAUUGGGUCCAAACUGAUCAGGCGACUGAGUCUGAGACCAUCGCAGGAGGAGUUGGAGCAAAGGAAUAUAUUACACAUGAAAAGUGAUGAUAUUGCACAGAGAGAAAAAGAAGAAAGAAAGAAAUUACUUAUAAGAAAGCUGAGUUUCCGGCCUACGAUAGAGGAGCUGAGAGAGAAGAAGAUCAUUAAGUUCAACGACUACCUGGAGGUCACAGACGCCAGCGAGUAUGACAGACGGGCAGACAAACCCUGGACCAGACUGACCCCGCGUGAUAAGGCAGCCAUAAGAAAGGAACUGAAUGACUUCAAGGCUCAGGAGAUGGAAGUUCAUGAUGACAGCAAACAUCUGACCAGAUUCCAUCGCCCUUGACAACCCAUUUCAUAAUCACGCUAGAAGGUUCAUCCUGAGUGGCCCAUGCUACCACAGACAGCCAGGGCCAAGUAAGAGGUUCAUAUCCAGCCAGGCCUACAUAGACCUUCCCCUGGUUCCCAUGGAAACAUGCAAUUUAAAAUGGGAUGCAGAAUAUGAGACAGCAUAAUGCAUACUGCAAAAAACAAGAACCUGACGUCUGGAUUACGAGUGCCAUCAGAAAAUUAUUUCAUCUGUCGUAUAUUUGAUCACACACAAUCAUCAGAGCAAAUUUGUAUUCUUUCAUUAUGCACCAAACUUUUUCAUCAAUUGAUGAAAAUAACUAUUGUUCUUUCCACUUAUAACAAGUGCAGCAUUUUUUCCUCAUGUCAUGAAUUCUUAUUUCUUACUGCCAGUGGAUUGGCUGAUUCGUAGCAAGUAUUCGUUCAACAGCUGGGUAUCUCAUGGAUUCACCCGUUUGUUUUAUGACCCAGCUCAUGAAUGGAAUGAUAGCAGUGCAGGGCAGGACACAGAUAUCAAAGCUGUGAAGGUCAAAAGGUCAAGCAUUACUUUGUACAAAGAUGUCAGAAACACUGUAUAUGGUAUGCGGAAAUUUGUGAUCUCUUCGACAUUCUAAACGUUUGUGCGUGUUUUCUUUGUAUCAGUGUUGUACGCACUAUAAUCCCCCCACCCAGAAUAAUAUAUUAGAACUUGCAUCAGUGUCCAUCGUGCAAUUUUUGAAAUCGCAUUGAUGAAGCUUACAUGUGUUACAAUGCGGUUCAUGGUGUGUAUUAACAGACCAUUAUGCUUAUUAGCACCAACAUUAUGUGUAUCUAAUUGUUUUUGGUGAAAAAUGUUAUUUCCCUUUUAAAUGUUUAUCAGUUCCCUCUGUUUGUAUGAUUUCAUUUUUCAAACUUGCCGGACCAUUUUGACCAUAUAUUAUCACUAAUUGUUCUUUUAGUUAUAUAUCAUUAUGUUGUUUGACGUAAAAAAAAGAGUUGCAAUGUUAGUUUAUGUUAUGGUUUAGUUACAUGGUAUAUUGUAUUGUAUGUUGUGGAAUAUUUUCUGAUAUACUAUGUAAAUAAACUCUGACAAUUAAAGUCAUACUCUUUUCACCUUCUGAUCCAGUGAGACAGCUAACAUUUGAAGGAUGCAGUAUUAUUUCACACAUUUUGUUGUUUUGCAAAUACAGGAACAUUAAUUGUCAUCUUUCACACAAAUCUGUAUCACAAAUUUAAGUCUACUAUUUUUGUACUGUCCUUAUAUAUAAAAAAUCAUGUGUAGUAUGAUUUAGCAAAAAAAAAUACAAACAACUUUCAAUUGACAGUUUCAUUUAGGAUUUUUAAUUCACAAACAGUUUUCCAGUUUAAUGCAGAUAUUGUUACGUCUCCACUUCUUUGUUACAUUUGAAAAAGAAGCACAUGUUCAAUUUUAAUUGGCUUUCGAAAAAAUGUGUAUAAUGGAAUAUCUUAAUGAAAAGUUAAGUGCAAUCAAACAUUGUUGUCAUCAAUCUUUGAGCUGGUCUCUGGGAAAACCAGGCUUAAUGAAUGUCUGUAAAGUGUUGUCCCUGACUAGCAGUUCACAGAGGCUGGUCAGGGACGACCUUUUCCCUUUUUAUUGCUUUUUUAAAGGAUAUCUCCUCUAACCAAAAUCGCUGUUUAGGCAAAACAUGUUAUCCUUUACAAAUUUUACGGCCUGCAAAGGCUAAUCUGGGACGAAACUUUACGCACAUACAUCAAGCUGGUUUUUCCCAGAGCCCUUUCAAAUUGUUGAUGCUUAAGGCAUGGCGACUUAACAAUGCCAGUAAUCAUAACUCAUUCAUGCCAGAAAUUUUCGGAUCCAAAUCGGGACAGUCCAUUAAAAAUGUCGGGACAUUUUGCCAAAAAGCAGGACACCUAAAACGAUCAAUCAUGCCACCUUUUCUGAAGUCAGUAAUCAGCUAAUUACUUACAAAACCUCAUAAUUUCUGGCAAAUAUUGAUGAUAAAUGUGUUUAAAAUUGCAUGAACACAGACUUUCUCCAUUUUCCGGAAGUAAACAAGCAUGUGCACUAUGCAGAUGAACCCAUUUGUGACUAAGGCAACGUUCAACUAGAUGUGCGCACAUCGAGCACUGUUUUUAUUCAAUCAAUCAUCCAUUAACUCUAAAUUUAGAUUGAUGCAAUAUGUACAAAUACUUUUCUGAGAAUCAGCCAAAAACAAAUGUAAAUUUAUGUCUCUGGUAUCGGUCAGCGCUCGAUUUGUUUGACAUAUAAUACACUGAAUACCGCGUAAUAAUAGUAUCUUUGGACUUGAUUUGGGCCAUGAAAUACAAAAGCAAUCUGCUUAAUGCACUAUGCAUCUAUCCCUAGCAAUUAACGACCCUCAUCAUAAAAAUGCCCUGGUGUGAAUGCCCGAUAAAAUCAAUAAUUUGCCGAUAUAUCGCUGAUAAUGUGUCAAAAACAACACUGGAUCUCUGGACUAGUAGAUAUGGUUUGUUAACAGGGGUCAAUAAAGGGAUUAGCGAUGGUAAUUAAAGCCAGACGGAGCUUGAAUAGUGAAUUUUAUUGUGAACUUAAAAAGCAUGUAUCGUUUUGUUCGAAUGUCGGGACAAAUAGUGUUACAUCGGGACACCGGGACAAACACCCCAAAAGCAGGACUGUCCCGCCAAGAUCGGGACGUCUGGCAUGUAUGUCAUAACUUCAUCUCAUUCAUGCUUGCAAUAAGUAAACAAUAGAAGAAUAUUUUGAUUGUUAUAAUUUUAAGUAAGAAAAGUUAGAACUUUUUACUGACAGUAUAGACACUUUUAUUUGUUAAUAGAGUGGUCAUCAAUCCAAUAUUAAUUUACAAAAUUUUGGAAAAGAGAAACUGUGGUUUGUUAUAAAUUGCCAUGUUUCUUUAUAUUAGGCUUUUUUCGUCUAUACAAAUAUUUAAUUGCCUUAUUUUAAAGAACAAUUAUAUUACUUUAUGCUUAUUUUCCCCCCAUAUAUUUGUCACAGAUUAUCGAAUAAAUAUUUUAAACAGUUCUAUGUUGUAUAUUUUGAAUGUUUUAUAUAUUUUGUAUAAAGUGGCAAUUGUAUAAAUAAUUGUUUAGCUUAUUUCUUAAAUAGCUAGUUGUAUGAACAUGUAUAGAUGUGUCAAAUGUUUUUAGAAUAAUGACACGUUUUUAUGAUGAUGCUUAAUAUAGUUUGCAAAACAUGGGUUACAUGACACAGUUCUUAGGCCAAUUUUAAAAAUACAUCUUAAAAUCAACCUCUUUGCUUUGUUAAUAUUGUCAAUAUAAUACAUUCAAUCUAAAUUUCCUUUCAUAUAUGUGUUGAAAUAGAUUAAUGCAAUUAAUAUUGAAAAAAGUGGUAAUAAAAAAGCUUUCAUUGUAUUUUUGUUUAGAGGUUCUGUAAUUACACGAUUGUAUCCAAUCAUUAUAUUUAAUAAAUUAUAAACCAGAUCUGUAAUAAACACUUUUUUAUACAAUUAAAAGAAUGGUAUGCGGUAGUAAAUUUUUUAUAUAUAUAUAAUGAUUAAAAGUAUGUUAUGCAAUACUGUAACGUUACUAUCUAAAACGGCUAAAAGUAAGUUACGCUAUACUCUUACAUAACUAUCCUUAACUUUAAUAGUAUGUCAUUCUAUACUGAUACUUAAUUAUCUUAAAUAAUGAUAGGAUUUGUAAAUAAUUUCCAUACAAUAGUUAUAUUGAUAAAACUGAUUAAAAUAUAUGGGCUGUGCCCUGUGAAAAGGGGGUUUGAUUUUUGUGCGUAAAGUGUUGUCUCAGAUAAGCCUGUGCAGUCUGCACAGCCUAAUCACAGACAACAUUUUCCACUUGUAUGGCAUUUUUGGUUUAUAGAAAGUCCCUUCUUGGCAAAAAUCCAGUUAAGGUGAAGAGUCACAUCCCUGAUCAGCCUGUGUGGAUUGUACGGCCUAGUGUUUAUGUUAAAUGACGUCAUUUUUUUUACGAAAUGACGUCAUUUUCCCAGCAAAAUUCUUUAGUUAAACUCUUUAACAAUGUAUAUAAAUUGUGAAAAAAAGCAUUAAACAAAAAGUAAAUUUGUUGGGUUUGGUGGAUUAUCGAUAUUAAUUCACUCGUGAUCAUAUAAAAUAUAUUUUUCUAUGAUCACUCGUGAAUUAAAAUCGAUAAUCCACUGAAUCCAACAAAUAUCCUUUAUGUAAUUUCAAGUAAGAAUAUUUGGAAACCAAAACAAAAAAUACAAAUCUAUAAAGACAAAAAAUGAUUAUGUUUGUUUCUCAUGUUUUAUAUGUGAAAAUGGUGCAUAAAAAAUCAUUAAACAAAUUGUUAAAUUGGACUAGUUAUAUUAUACCAGAUGGUUAAGUCCCCCUAAAAUAAGACUAAUAUUAGGAUUACAAGUGAGAAAUACAUUACUUUCACUUAAGUUGAUUAGAUAAUUUGCCAGCUAUAUUGAAUUUUUCAUGAAACAGUCACACACUGUCUUCAUGACCUGUAUUUUUUAUUUCCAUACAUUGUGAUAUGUUAAGUUUAGUAAUUAAUGUAUAAUAUUUAAACAAUUUCUACUUUUGAACAAUUUGAUCCCAUAUACAUGUGUAAUCAGUAAUUUCCAUUUAAGAAACAAUAUUACUGGUACUUAUCAUUUGGAAAACAUUUAAGUAGUCUUCUCUUUUGAUGGGUUCAUUAAACUUUUGCAUAGUAUUGUGAAUUUUUUGUAGUACUAGUAUUUGCUAUCACCCACGCUUUUGAAUGAUUACACUUUGACUUUACAUGAGCCACUCUCUGGGAAAAUGGGGCUUAAUGCAUGUGCGUAGUGUCGUCCCAGAUUGGUCUGUGGAUCCGCAUAGGCUAAUCAGGGACGGGACGACACUUUCCGCCUAAAUUGGAUUUUUGAUAAGAAGAGACUUCAUUUAAUCGAAAAAUGUCACAAAAGCGGAAAAUGUCAUCCCUGAUAAGCCUGUGCAGACUACUCAGGCUAAUCUGGGACGACACUUUACACACAUGCCUUAAGCCCCGUUUUCUCAGAACACGACUCAUUUAGUCUGGUUUUGCAAGAAAAAGACUCUUAUUUAUCAUUAUCCACGUUCAUAUCAAAUGAUAUGAUAGUACACACUUAUGAUGCAUCUACUAUUACUUCAGGGUUUUUAUAUUAAGACCGAUAGAUGUAUUGGUGUCUUUGCAAUUUCGGACCCGUAAUGUUAUUUAUGUGAGAACAAUACACUUAAAGAAUGUUUAUAUGCAGUACAUCAUGUUGGCAAACUUACUUCUGUUUUUCAAUAUUGUGUAGAUUUUGUAUUUGUUGUAUGCAAACUAUAAGCUAUCAUCUGGUUACAAUACAUUAAUAAACAUGUGAAUAUUU